AUGAAGAAGGAGCGGAUUCCCCCGCUUUUCACCUCCAGGAAAGAUGUCAACAACCUCAAAACCGAGCUCACUCAACAGAACAUCCAGCCACGUUUCAAACUGUGCAGCGUAGGAACUAAAAUCGUGUGCUCCAGCAUGCAGGAAUAUACCAAGGUCGGCUUCUUUUUAAAAUCGGAAGGAGUUGAAUUCUUCACGCACGAUUUGCAGUCGGCGAAACCACUGAUGGUGGUACUACGAGGACUACCACCAUCCGAAGCAACUGACGUUCAGUCUGAACUAAUGCAGCGCGGACUGAAACCAAUGGCCGUCUAUCCAAUGACUAGACGAGAGUCAACCAAUCAGAGCUGCCGGGAUCAGUUGUUUCUGGUCCAUUUCGUUAAGGGUUCCACUAGCAUCGGUGCUCUAAAGGAAAUCCAGGAUAUGUUUCAAGUCAUCAUCACUUGGGAGCGUUACCGACCGCAGCAUCGUGACGUGACACAGUGCCUGAACUGCCUUUGGUUUGGUCAUGGUACAAAAACUGCCAUAUGA